AUGGCAGGUAUAGUGCAGCCUAGAUUUUCAGAAGGCGAGGAUGGGAACCGGCUGAUGGCAGAGACCGCUGCCCUUCUUGAAUCUAAGUGGGCGCUGGACGAGACUCAGCAGGGUCUUGAAAAGACCUUCAACUUCCCCACUUAUGCCAAAGCCUUGGACUUCAUACUUCUCAUCGGGGUAGGUACCAAACUGUACAAUCACCACCCUGACCUUAGGAAUAGCUACAAAUCCGUGUUCUAUCACUGGACGACACAUAAGCCCCGAGGUCUCUCCUCAAAAGACAUUCACAUGGCACAGUUGUGUGAUGAUAAGGCAAAUCUCCUAGGACAUUCGACUGGGAGCGAGACCUUACAGAAGAGUCCGACUUCGGUUGCGUAA